AUGCUUUUAGAUAUGCUGUUCUAUCCUUCUACAUCACCCCCUCCCAGUGAACUGCCCAUCCUGCUUAUUAUCAAUCCAAAAGGUGGACAGGGUAAAGCAAAGCAGAUCGCGUCCUCGAAUAUCACACCCCUGUUCCAACUGGCCAAUAUUCGGUUUCAGACCUGGGAAACGGAGCACACUGGACAUACUCGAGAAUUGGUGACUCAGUUAUCGAAGGAAGAACUCCUCAAGUACAAGGCUCUCGUUACUGUUUCCGGUGAUGGUUUAGUACAGGAGAUUGUCAAUGGUCUCUUCUCCAGAACCGAUCUUCCAUAUCUACCCAACAUUGGAGUCCUUCCGGCAGGCAGUGGGAACGCUGUCUCGGCAUCAGUGUGCUUCAAUUCCGGACUUCAAACUACCAAAGCGCUACUUAAGAAUACGUCUCUCCUUUUGGCCCUACCGGCGCAACCGCCCAAGACCCUGGCUCAGUGCUAUCCCAUUCCAAGGCAUAUUUUUCACCUGAACGUGACACCCUUCCAUCCCAUUCUCCUGCAGACGGACUCCAAAGACAAUGCGGAGGGAUUUAUCGUGCUCUCUGUCACUUGGGGAUUACUCGCAGAGUGUGAUCUUCGCAGCGAGGUAAUCCGCUGUGUAGGCGAAGCCCGGUUCUCGCUCACUUGUGUCUAUUUAAUCAUGAAAAAACGAACUUACCGGGGUACAAUCUCAUUCCUACCUGUCGACGAGCACGGAGAAGAUAUGCAAAAAUUCUACAAGCAUUUCGAUCGACAAGUAGUGCAAAAGCGAUCUUGCCUUUGCUGUGCCUCUGGUACUACUGUAAACAAGCACACCAUCCACGGCGGCUCCGCCCACAUACCCGACGAUCAAAAGAAGGUAAAUUCUCCACUAUUUGGUUGCUUUGCUGCCAAAAGGAUAAAAGUCCCUGUCCCUAAAUCCCCUCUAAUCUCCCUUUCACGUAAUGUAUUUGAGGCGUUUUAA